GCGAAGGGGCGGGUCGGGGAGGCGGCGGAGCGCGCUGGUGCUGAUGCAGGAUGGCUGAGCUCGCAGGAGCCCGGGAGGUCUGAGCCGGGAGAGGCUCGCUCCCUGCGCAUCGCCUCUUCCGCCCGCCGCGUGGUCGUGUGCAGGUGGGCCCGGGGCGCAGCGCAGGGCCAGGGCAGGGCCAGCGAAGGCAGGUCUGCAGCCGGCCGGGCCAAAGGUUGAUAGGCUGCCCACCUACCAGGUCUCGGGGCGGCCGGAGCUGCCCAGCCCGCCGAGUUCGCGAUGACCUGCUGAGGAGCUUCGUCGGAGGCUGCGGGAGGCGGCCUCGUUGCGGGCGGUGCGGUUCUCGACCACCUACCUCGUUGUGCCGAACCGCGGCCCCCCGCCCAUCCCCGCGCCCGCUCCCUGCCGCCGGCCGAGAUGGCGGAUCCGGCCGAAUGCAGCAUCAAAGUGAUGUGCCGGUUCCGGCCACUCAACGAAGCAGAGAUCCUCCGCGGGGACAAAUUCAUCCCCAAAUUUAAAGGCGACGAGACCGUGGUGAUUGGGCAAGGAAAGCCGUAUGUCUUCGACAGAGUGCUGCCUCCCAGCACGACUCAAGAACAGGUUUACAAUGCGUGUGCAAAGCAAAUUGUCAAAGAUGUCCUUGAGGGUUAUAAUGGGACGAUUUUUGCGUAUGGACAGACUUCAUCAGGAAAAACGCACACCAUGGAGGGGAAGCUACAUGACCCUCAACUCAUGGGCAUCAUCCCAAGGAUCGCACACGACAUCUUUGACCACAUCUAUUCCAUGGACGAAAACCUGGAAUUCCACAUCAAGGUUUCCUAUUUUGAGAUCUACUUGGACAAAAUCAGGGACUUACUCGAUGUAUCCAAGACAAACUUGGCUGUUCAUGAAGAUAAAAACAGAGUCCCGUACGUAAAGGGGUGCACUGAGCGGUUUGUGUCGAGCCCUGAGGAGGUCAUGGACGUGAUAGAUGAAGGCAAAGCAAACCGCCACGUGGCUGUAACAAACAUGAAUGAACACAGCUCUAGGAGUCACAGUAUAUUCCUGAUUAAUAUUAAACAAGAGAAUGUAGAGACCGAAAAAAAACUCAGUGGGAAGCUUUAUCUAGUUGAUUUGGCUGGGAGCGAAAAGGUCAGCAAAACUGGUGCCGAGGGAGCUGUUCUCGAUGAAGCUAAAAAUAUCAAUAAGUCUUUGUCUGCUCUUGGAAACGUGAUCUCUGCCUUGGCAGAAGGGACAAAAACACACGUGCCCUACCGGGACAGCAAGAUGACUCGGAUUCUUCAGGACUCUCUGGGUGGGAACUGUAGAACCACCAUCGUUAUUUGCUGUUCUCCCUCAGUCUUCAAUGAAGCUGAGACCAAGUCAACGCUGAUGUUUGGACAAAGGGCUAAGACCAUCAAGAAUACAGUUUCUGUGAACCUGGAACUGACAGCGGAAGAAUGGAAGAAGAAAUAUGAAAAAGAGAAAGAGAAAAACAAGACUUUGAAGAAUGUUAUCCAGCAUCUGGAGAUGGAGCUAAACAGAUGGAGAAAUGGAGAAGCUGUGCCUGAGGAUGAACAGAUCAGUGCUAAGGACCAGAAGACCCUGGAGCCCUGUGACAACACCCCUAUCAUAGACAACAUUGCUCCUGUGGUCGCCGGCAUCUCUGCAGAGGAGAAGGAGAAAUAUGAUGAGGAGAUCUCCAGUCUCUACCGACAACUGGAUGAUAAGGAUGAUGAAAUUAACCAGCAGAGCCAGCUGGCUGAAAAGCUAAAGCAACAGAUGUUGGAUCAGGAUGAGCUUUUAGCUUCCACAAGGAGAGACUAUGAGAAGAUUCAGGAGGAGCUGACACGUCUGCAGAUUGAAAAUGAAGCAGCCAAGGACGAAGUGAAAGAAGUUCUCCAGGCCCUGGAGGAACUGGCUGUCAAUUACGACCAGAAGUCACAGGAAGUGGAGGACAAGACCAGGGCCAAUGAGCAGCUGACAGAUGAGCUGGCCCAGAAAACGACUACAUUGACAACCACACAGAGAGAGCUGAACCAGCUGCAAGAGCUUAGCAAUCACCAGAAAAAGAGGGCUACCGAGAUCCUGAAUUUGCUGCUGAAGGAUCUGGGGGAGAUAGGAGGAAUUAUUGGCACCAAUGAUGUGAAGACUUUGGCAGAUGUGAAUGGAGUCAUUGAAGAGGAAUUCACCAUGGCCCGGCUGUACAUCAGCAAGAUGAAGUCGGAGGUCAAAUCUCUGGUGAACCGCAGCAAACAGCUCGAGAGCGCCCAGAUGGACUCCAACAGGAAGAUGAAUGCCAGUGAGCGGGAGCUGGCAGCGUGCCAGCUGCUCAUCUCCCAGCAUGAAGCCAAGAUCAAAUCCCUGACAGACUACAUGCAGAACAUGGAGCAGAAGAGGAGGCAGCUGGAAGAGUCCCAAGACUCGCUCAGUGAAGAGCUGGCCAAGCUCCGAGCCCAAGAAAAAAUGCAUGAAGUCAGCUUCCAGGAUAAGGAAAAGGAACAUCUGACCCGGCUGCAGGAUGCUGAGGAGAUGAAGAAGGCGCUGGAGCAGCAGAUGGAGAGCCACCGGGAAGCUCAUCAGAAGCAGCUGUCCAGGCUUCGGGAUGAAAUCGAGGAGAAGCAGAAAAUCAUCGAUGAGAUCCGGGAUUUGAAUCAGAAAUUGCAACUGGAACAGGAGAAGCUCAGUUCUGAUUAUAACAAGCUGAAAAUAGAGGACCAAGAGAGAGAAAUGAAACUGGAAAAGCUCUUAUUGCUCAAUGAUAAAAGAGAACAAGCCAGAGAGGACCUCAAAGGGCUGGAGGAGACAGUGUCUCGAGAACUACAGACUCUGCACAACCUCCGUAAACUCUUCGUCCAGGAUCUGACCGCCCGGGUUAAAAAAAGUGUAGAGCUGGACAGCGACGACGGAGGAGGCAGUGCUGCCCAGAAGCAGAAGAUUUCCUUCCUGGAGAACAACCUGGAGCAGCUCACUAAGGUUCACAAACAGCUGGUCCGCGACAACGCAGACCUGCGCUGCGAGCUGCCCAAGCUGGAGAAGCGCCUGCGCGCCACGGCCGAGCGCGUCAAGGCGCUGGAGAGCGCGCUGAAGGAGGCCAAGGAGAACGCCAUGCGCGACCGCAAGCGCUACCAGCAAGAGGUGGACCGCAUCAAAGAGGCCGUGCGAGCCAAGAACAUGGCCAGGAGGGCCCACUCGGCGCAGAUAGCCAAGCCCAUCCGCCCUGGACACUACCCGGCAUCGUCUCCAACGGCCGUCCACGCCAUCCGAGGGGGAGGAGGCGGCUCUUCAAACUCCGCUCACUACCAGAAAUAAAUAUGAAAUAUGACUCUCUACGCAGCAUGUCAAGGACUAUAUUAAUCACCAAUUCCUUUAUUUUUUUUCCCUCCUACACAAUUUCCAUUUUCUUUUACACUUGCUCACCCCAGCCAUCUGCAGUACACCUAUUUCAGGUAUUUGAGCUGUGUAGAGUUUCUGUGUACAGAUGCGUGCUUGGACUUUUCUCUUCCUGAGAAAUCUGAAGGGGACGAUUACAGAAGACCCACUUGCUUCUGGGACCCAUUGCUGCGGCCUCAGCCUCGGGGCAUUGGGUGGUCCACGGGUGGUCCUUGGAGACUCCUUUCUCGGCAGCCACGUCCCAACAAACACCAUUCCCUGGAGGGGAACAACCAUGUGCCAUGGAGGCGGGGGCUCCUGUCCCACCGCCACAACUGUCUGGUUUCCUGUAAAAUAAACACAUUACUUUAUAUUUUUCGGGAACACAAAAGUGCUGCUAUAGGGUUCAAAAUUUUCAUUCUGAACACUUUUCCAAAACAAAUCACCCCAAAGACACAGUUUGAAUACCCUGGUUGCAUCUUUGGAUCUGUAAAAUACACCUUUUAGUAUGGCACCCGUUAAAAUGCAAAGUAAAUUUCUUUGAGGCAGAAAAACAAUCUCAUAGUAGCAAUUUAGAAAUUGUUCACUCAGACACAUCUAUGUAAAUGCGAAAAGUCGUAGCAUUCACUUCUGAGCUGCCUGCUACUGAACCUGCAGUGACUAGUCUCAGCCAGCCUAGGUAGAACAUCAUUCCUCCAGAAGUGUUGAAAAUGCUGCAGAGUUGGAUGAGUGGAAAUGGGCCCCCCUCCCCACUUCCUCCUUCCCGCACACUGGAGCUUGCAUCGGGAACGGCCUGUAUCUCUAGGGAACCAUCUUGAGCCUCACGGGGGUAUUGCUGACGAAAUCCAGGAUUGUUCCAGCAGUUAAAAAAGGAAGCCCUAGGGGGAGAGUAAUUGACAUAUUUUUGUGCCUAUGAAUAAGUUGCCAUGAGCAAGUUGUUAUAUUAACCCAUCCUUGCUGACUGUUUAAUUGAGUUCUCUCUUUGGCAUCAAAUAGAUAGGUUUCCUCUUAGGCAGAAUUAGAAUAAAUCAGUGUGGAUGGAUUUUUUACAUUCGGCUCUUGUUUUAUUCAAAUACAUGAAUCUAAAGCUGAGUCAACUCUUGUUUCCAGUUGUGCAUAUUAAAAUGAUCAACUUCCAAGUAGUAAAGUUUUCAGGGAAAUGGACAAGGAUUCAGUUAAGUUAGUCUUGUGUGCUGCUACUUGUUUUGAUAAAUUUGAGGGUUAAGUCAAUGAUAACGAAUCUCAGUGAAAGCACCUAUCCUAUGGUUGUGUCUGCCCAGGAUGAAUCAGCUGGUACUGUCCCUGCUGCUGUCACCACUGGAAUGAAAUUAUGCCAGGAGAGACAUUGCGCUUUCUCAUUGCUGGUGGGUGAAAGAUAGUUCAAGAGAGUGUGUGUGUGUGUGGGUGGGUGUGUGUGUGGAUAAAGCACUAAAGACUGAAUCGACUUCCAGGCUCUUCUUGCAUAAAAUUUCCCUAACCAAGCAAGCUGCUUUGACUUAAUUUAUUUGUUAAA